ACUCGCAUAGAAAGUCUUGUGAUCAGACUCGCGCACACUAGCUGCUCGCGCUAAAGCAGGGGUGGUGAAGAUGAACGGGCUAUUUUUACUGGUUUUGUUUGGGGUACUUUAUCAUGUCCACACAGUGCCCUUGCACACCGAGGAAGAUGAGUAUAAUUUCAAGUCAUGGAUGUCUAAGCAUAAUAAACAAUAUGACACGAGUGAAUAUUACCAGCGGCUGCAAAUAUUUCUUGAAAACAAGAAGAGGAUUGACCUUCAUAAUGCUGGAGACCACUCGUUUUCAAUGGGAUUAAACCAGUUUUCAGACAUGACUUUUAUUGAAUUUAAGAAGCACUUCCUCCUGACAGAGCCUCAGAACUGCUCAGCCACUAGAGGGAAUCAUGUGAGCAGUAAUGGACCUUACCCAGACAUGAUUGACUGGAGGACAAAGGGAAACUACGUGACAGCUGUGAAGAAUCAGGGGCCUUGUGGUAGCUGCUGGACUUUUUCCACUACAGGCUGUCUAGAGUCUGUCACAGCUAUUGCCAAAGGGAAACUCUUACAACUGGCAGAGCAGCAGCUUGUAGAUUGUGCUGGUGCUUUCAACAAUCACGGUUGCAGUGGUGGCCUCCCAAGUCAAGCCUUUGAGUACAUCAUGUACAAUAAAGGUCUUAUGACAGAAGAAGACUAUCCCUACACGGCUAAGGAAGGUCCUUGUAAAUUCAAACCACAGCUUGCUGCUGCUUUUGUGAAGGAUGUCGUAAACAUUACACGGUAUGAGGAAGUGGGCAUGGUAGAUGCUGUGGCCAGGUACAACCCUGUCAGCUUUGCAUAUGAGGUUACAUCUGAUUUCAUGCACUACAAAGAUGGAAUAUAUACUAGCACGAAGUGUCACAACACAACUGACAAGGUGAACCAUGCAGUGCUUGCUGUAGGCUACGCUCACGAGAAUGGAACUCCAUACUGGAUAGUGAAGAACUCCUGGGGAACUGACUGGGGAAUAAAAGGUUAUUUCUACAUUGAGAGGGGAAAGAACAUGUGUGGACUUGCUGCUUGCUCAUCCUAUCCGGUUCCAUUGUGAAUAACUGAAAUAUAUUCUCACAUCAGCAAAAUGUAUUACAGUCUCACAUCAAAUCAAUUCAUGCACAAAAGACAGCACCUCCAUUGAUGAAACACAAUAGUUCGCAAUAAAUCAGCGAUAUAUCUUUGAAUUCAGAUUCAUUUUAAAUAUUCAAUAAGUCUUCAUUAGCCCACUUGAUUGUUAGCUGAAUUUAUUCACUUUAAAUCUGGAUUUAUGUUUUUAAUGUGUUUUAAUGUUUAAACAAAAAUUGCUGUAUUAUUUUGAAAGAAAUAUUUACUCAGGGAAUAAAUUUGUGUCUUGUUUUUAUUUUGAUUAAAAUUCAUCCGGAUAAUGGUGUUUAUCUGGUGGACUUAAAAAGUUUUGACAAUAAGUUGAUUAUAGACACCCUAUUAAAUGUCUUUAAAUGUUUAUUAAACUCUUUAAAUA